UUUGUUGUUUUGGUUGCCUUCGUAUAUUUGAAUUGAGUGUAAAAAAUACAAUCAUGAAAUUUGCAUAUAAAUUCUCCAACCUGUUAGGUACAGUUUAUCAUAAAGGAAAUUUGCUCUUCAGUCCGGAUGGAAACAUACUGAUCAGCCCUGUUGGAAAUAGAAUUACUUUAUAUGAUUUAAGAAACCACAAAUCAGAGACGCUACCUAUUGAAAGCCGUUAUAAUUUUACUACUCUAGCCCUUUCUCCUAAUGGAAUGCUUUUAAUUGCUGUUAACGAGCGUGGACAAGCAUUGUUAUGUAGUUUACCUCAUAGAACUGUUAUACAUCAGUUUCACUUUAAAAGGCCAGUUGAAGAUGUCCGUUUUAGUCCCAAUGGAAAAUUUGUUGCUGUUACGAAAGAAAAUAAUCUCUUUAUUUAUCAAGCUCCUGGCUGCAAUGUUAAGCAGUUUAAUCCAUUUGUACUUGAGAAAGUAUUUAAUUUUUCAUACGACAAAACACUAUGCAUUGAUUGGACCUCUGAUUCUAGGGUAAUAGCUGUUGGCGGUGCUGACAUGACCACCAAGAUAUAUGCUAUAAACAAAUUCAAAAAUUUGUCCGUUUAUACUCUUGGUAGCCAUACUGAUGCUGUAACUGGUUGCUUCUUUGAAGAAAACUCUUUAAAUAUUUAUACUGUGAGUAAAAAUGGACAAGUUUGUGUAUGGGAGUGUAGUUUAGAGUUAGAUGAAUUAAUUCCUGAAAAAGCUGACGGUGAAGAUGUUUCAGAAGAAAAAAAUGAUGAAGAAGAUGAAGUUGAAUGUUUAGAAAAAGAUAAAUUAGUUGUUGAGAAGAAGGUGGAUGAUGAUAAAUUUUUCUACAAAAGAAUUGGAAGGCAUUUCUUGAAAGAUGCACUCAGCAAAGAAGGAUAUGUUGCUUUAACGUCUUCUGCCUUUCAUCGCAAGUCCCAUAUCCUUGUCGUUGGAUUUUCGAAUGGUUCUUUCCUCUUGUAUGAAAUGCCUGAAUGCAACCAAAUUCAUUCCCUUUCACUUUCAAACCAAGUUAUAGCAAGCAUUGCCUUCAACUGCACUGGAGACUGGAUUGCUUUGGGGAGUUCUGGCAUUGGGCAAUUAGUUGUUUGGGAAUGGCAGAGUGAAUCUUUUGUUAUGAAGCAGCAAGGUCAUUUCAAUAACAUGCAGUGCUUAUCAUAUUCACCUGAUGGCAUGUACAUAGCUACUGGAGGAGAAGAUGGGAAAGUAAAAAUUUGGGACACUUCAUCUGGGUUUUGUUUUGUCACAUUUACUGAGCAUUCUAGUGCCAUUUCAGGAGUUUGUUUUUCUCAAAAUGGCAAAGUUGUGCUUUCCGCAUCUGCCGAUGGAACUGUGCGAGCAUUUGAUUUGAAUAGAUACAGGAAUUUCAGAACGUUUACUACACCAAGACCAACUCAAUUUUCAUGUAUCACAGUCGAUCGUAGUGGUGAAAUUGUUUGUGCUGGAUCUGAAGAAAGUUUUGAAGUCUAUGUUUGGGCCUUACCCACAGGCCGCUUGUUAUCAGUUUUAGCUGGACACGAAGCACCUGUCAGUGGCAUUAGUUUUAGUCCGGUUGAUCUAGUUGUUGCUAGUACCUCAUGGGAUAAAACUGUACGAUUCUGGAAUGUUUAUGAGAGCAAAAGCACCAGGGAAACGAUAAACCUGAUAUCUGAUGGCUUAGCAUUGACUUAUAGACCAGAUGGAGCAGAAAUUGCUGUUGCCAGUUUAGAUGGUCAAAUAUCAUUUUUCAAUUCAUACACUUCAGAGCAAACGGGGUGUAUUGAAGGACGGAAUGAUCUCCAUGUUGGGCGUCGUGAAACAGACAUGAUCACUGCUAAAAAAUUAUUGAAAUCACAGGCCUUCACAACAUUGUGUUACACUGCUGACGGUGAAUGCAUUCUAGCUGCUGGAAGAUCAAAAUUUGUUUGUAUAUAUAGUAUUCAAGAAAAAAUUCUGCUAAAAAAGUUUGAAAUCACCUCUAAUCUUUCAUUUGAUGCUGUUCAAGAUUUUAUCAACAGAAGGAAAAUGACCCACUUUGGGAACAAAGUUUUAAUUGAAGAAAGAAUGGAUGAAGAAACCAUUGUCAUUCCUGUUCCUGGUAGUAAAAAAAUUGAUAAAAGCUCUAGGAUGGUGAAACCUGAAAUACAAGUUUCAUCUAUUGAAUUUUCUCCAACUGGUAGAUCUUGGGCAGCAACUACUACAGAGGGACUGCUUGUGUAUUCCCUUGAUAGCACAUUAGUUUUUGAUCCAUUUGAUUUAGACAUUGAAACUACUCCUCAAAAUAUCAAACACACAUUUCAGAGUGGUAAUUUGUCGCAAGCUCUCAUGAUGGCUCUGCGAUUAAAUGAAGUUAAAGUUACCCAAGAAAUUGUUGAAUCAAUUAAAGUAGAUGAUGUUGAAACUCUUGUUGCCUACUUGCCACAGCUUUAUGCAGAAAAACUCUUGAAGUUUGUUGUUGAUCAGCUUGAUGACACCACACAUUUAGAAUUCUAUGUCACUUGGAUUCAACAGUUGUUAACAUCUCAUGGCGUGACAUUAAAAAAUAGAUCUCGUUCUAACAUGAGUACUUUACGCACCAUGCAGAAGAACUUAACUAGACGACUUGAAGAGUUAGAAAAAAUCUGUAGUGGUUUCAAGUAUAUGUGCGAAUAUACUUUAGCUUUAGGUAAAGUACAGAAACGAAAAGCUGAACAGAUAACAGAUGGUGCAGAAGCUAUUUCUAUUGAUAAUGACAAACAUCUUGUUCAAGGUACAUCUUCUGAAGAAUCAAGUGAUGAUGACUCUUCUUGA